CAAAGAAUGAAAGCAGUUCUUUAAUAAUCAAAAAAGCAUUCGAGAAAACCGAAGAAAAAACGCCUUUAGAAAAGCACCGGUUCGACUCCCGGAAAAGAGCUUUUCCAGCUAUUUCCGAACUAUUUCUUGUUGCUUGUGCUGUUUCUGCUUCCUCUUCCUCUUCCUCUUUUACUCCUGUUUCUGCUGUUUCUGCUUCUUCUGUUGCUGGUUUUGUGAGUGGUUUAUUGUUCUGACGAUGCACGUUCUUGUUAAGCUCUUGAUAGCCUUUUAUCUCGCUUCUCCCAUCAUAUUCUAUGUCAUCCUUCCCUAUUUCCACUCUCCCUCCAAAAGAACAAAACUCAUGAACAGAUACUCAAACAUCAAGAGAAAUAUUGCCAUUGUGGUGCUUGGGGAUUUAGGCCAUUCUCCUCGAAUGUGCUACCAUGCUCUAUCCUUUGCCAAAUUCAAUUUCAAUGUCGAGUUGUGUGGUUACGUACAGUCUAAUUUGUCCUCUGAUUUGGUUGACAACAUCAACAUAAAUAUCAAUGAUAUACCUAUUUACUCAAACAAUGGCAACGAUAGGAGCCAAAAAACGUUUCUUUUGUUUUCAAUCAAAAAGGUGUUGUUUCAGAUUUUCCAUGUAUUCAAAUUAUUGUUCAAUUUUAAGAAUUUCGAUUACAUUUUAAUUCAAAAUCCUCCCAAUAUUCCACUUUUUUUUAUCAUUUUACUAUACAUUAAAAUCUUUUCAAGAUCAACUGAAUUGAUAAUUGAUUGGCACAAUUUGGGUUACUCCAUUUUAGCUUUGAAAUAUGAUAAUGCUUUUGAUAAUCCGAUAGUCAAAUUUGCAAGAUUUUACGAAUUAUUCUUUGGUCGAUUCGCCGAUUAUCAUUUAACUGUUACAAACAACUUGAAAAAUUUUUUGAUCAACUCUUUUAAUUUUACUCCAAACAAGAUUUUUGUUCUAUACGAUAGAGCUGAUUCAAAUAAAUUUAAACCGGUCUCAUCUAAUGAUGAAAGAUUAAAUAUAAUUAAUAACAAUUCCAAUUUUGAUCAUAUUUUCAAAAAUCAACAAAUAAUUGACUCACAUUUUGAUUUUGAGAAAGAUAAAAUUAUCAUAACUUCAACUUCUUUUACUCCUGAUGAAGAUUUGAAUUUGCUACUAAGUUCUCUUAAAUUAUAUGAUGUUUAUUAUCUAAAUAAUCAAUCUAAUCCAAAACAUCCAUAUUUACCUAAAUUAUAUCUUAUAGUGACUGGGAAGGGCCCAUUGAAAUCCCAAUUUCUAAAUUCUAUAAAGAAUUUCAAUUUUUCUUCAAAUAUUAUUAUAAAAAACUUUUGGCUCUCUUAUGAAGAUUAUGCGACUAUUCUAUCAUUAUCUGAUCUUGGAAUUUCACUUCAUACUUCGUCUUCAGGUCUUGAUUUACCAAUGAAAAUUCUAGAUAUGUUUGGAACUGGUAUUCCUGUAAUUGCUUUGAAUUUCAAAUCUUUAAGUGAAUUGAUUAAAGAUGGCGAAAACGGUUUUGCUGUUGAUUUACAACCAAUGAAUAUUUUUGAUAAAUUAUUGGAACUUUUCACAGAUGAUCAAAUCUAUAAUAAAAUCAAAAAGGGCGCGAUGCUUGAGAGCCAAAAAUCAUGGAAUAAAAAUUGGUCAAAGUCUUUAUCUAAAAUUAUAAAUUAAUUAAUUAAUCAAUUCAUUUCUUUCUCCUCUACUUUUUUCUCCUUUUCUUCUUUUAUACCAUUUCUUCCCUUUUGAAUACUUUGUACCAACUUCUUAUUGACACUUUUACAUAAUCCUUUAUACUUUUCUUCGAUUCCUAAUGGGCAUAAAUUGCAUUUCUUGCCUCUUGAUCCACAAAUAGUUUGCCCAAAUCCAACUAAAUUGGGAUUAAAUUCAGUCCAUAAGUUCUUGGGAAGCCAACUCUCUAAUUGCUCUCUAGUUCCUUCUGGAUUUUUGGAUUUGACCCAAUUCCAUUGGUUUGCUAACCUAUGAACAUGUACAUCAACUCCUAUUCCAUCUAUGAUCCCCCAUGCACUUUGUAGUAACAAGUAUCCCAUCUUAGGCCCAAUUCCUGGUAAACUUGUAAUAUCAGUAAUGUUUUUAGGAAUCUCACUACCAAAUUUAUCUCUCACAAUUUCACAGGUUU